CGAAUGACAGCGUCUCAUGGGUCCCCCGGAAGUCUCGACCGAUCAUCGUCCCAAGACUUGGAGAUUUCCCCAUGGGACCCUCACAACGUUUGUCUGACUUGAUGCGCGUCCGGCGUUGGUUCUCAAAACGUGUCGUUGCUGCAAUGUCAUGUUUGCCCCCGGCCCCCCCGGGCUACCAAUGAUGGUAUAAUGGGUUCUCCGCUUUGCCUCGUCGUUUGCUCCUUUUGGCCAUAUCCUUCCAGAGACUUUCUUCACCAUGGCGCAAGACAAGGCCGUGGGCGUGGAGGCGGUUCCAACCGUCAGCCACCACAAUGAACAAGGCGAGCCCAUCACAGCCAUGCAGAACGAGCGCCAGAUGAGCGUCCGAGACUCCUUCCGUUUCUGGCCCAAGGCGAUCCUCUUCUCGUUCAUCAUCUCCCUCGCCAUCAUUAUGGAGGGUUACGACACCAACUUGAUGAGCAACUUCUUCGUCUUCCCGGCCUUCAUGAAGAAAUACGGCGACGAGGUCGAUGCGGAGGGAAACUCGCUGGUAUCCGCCCGCUGGCAAACCAUCAUCAACAACGGUACCCAGGUCGGUUCCAUCAUUGGCCUCAUCGUCAAUGGGUUCAUUACCGAAUGGAUCGGCUACAAGAAGACUAUGGUUGUCUCCAUGAUCGCCAUGAUCGGCGCCGUCUUCAUCCCCUUCUUCUCCAACGGCCUACCCAUGUUUCUGGCCGGGAGUCUCAUCCAGGGGAUCCCAUGGGGAAUAUUUCAGACCCUUGCCGUCACCUACGCGGCUGACAUCUGUCCCAUGUCUUUGAGAGGCUACAUGACCUCAUGGGUCAACAUGUGUUGGGUUAUUGGUCAGCUUAUCAGCAGUGGAAUGCUUCGUGGGCUGCUGAGACUUGACAGUGAAUGGGGAUACCGUAUCCCCUUCGCUAUUCAAUGGGUCUGGCCAAUUCCGAUAAUCAUCGGCACGCUCUUGGCCCCCGAGAGUCCCUGGUGGCUCGUCCGCCAAAACCGCCUCGAGGAGGCCAAGGAAUCCGUUCGUAGCCUGACCUCUCCGAAGGCCGGCAUCGAGUUCGACCUCGACGCCCAUAUCGAGAUGAUGCGUGUGACGAACCAGUUCGAGAUCGAGGUUAGCUCCGGCGCGCACUACUGGGACUGCUUCCGCGGCGUCGAUCUCCGCCGCACCGAGAUCGCCUGCAUGGUCUGGAUGACGCAGUCUUUCUGCGGGGUCCCUUUCAUGGGCUACGGAACCCAGUUUAUGAUUAACGCGGGCCUCAGCCCCGCGAACGGCUUCACUAUGAGUCUAGUGCAGAACUGCAUCGGCCUCAUCGGCUGCAUCAUUGCCUGGUACAUCAUGACGCACGUCGGCCGUCGCACGCUGUACCUGGCCGGCCUGUCGACCAUGUUUGUGGUCCUGGUUGUCAUCGGCUGCAUUGGAAUUCCCCAAGAUGAGGCCGGCCUUCCUGCGAGGUCUUGGGCCGUAGGAGCCCUCAUCAUCGUCAUGCUGUUCGCGUUCCAGCUCAGCGUCGGUCCUGCUUGCUACACCCUCGUCGCGGAGAUGCCGUCUACUCGCCUUCGUGUGAAGACCGUUGCUCUCUCUCGCGCGUUCUACAACUCGGGGGGCUUCAUCGUCAACGCGAUCCAGCCCAGGAUUGUUGGCAAGAAUGACUGGAACUGGGGCGCAAGAGGUGGCUUCUUCUGGGCCGGAAUCACGGUGCUGUUCCUAGUUUGGACCUUCUUCCGCUUGCCGGAGCCUUUCGGUCUUACAUACUCGGAGCUCGACUUGCUGUUUGAGCACGGCGUUGGUGCUCGCCACUUCUCGCAAGAGGCCGCCGACUCCCUGCGUCCGCAGCUAGAGGAGGUAGCCAACCGCCAAGAGAAGAUUACCGCUGUCGUGAGCCACCAUGAGGCUUGAGGCGGCGCAUGACCGUUGUAAAAUCUGGCAGGCCUGCUGGCUCCCAGUUUCAAACGGCAUAUGCUCCAUUCCGGCUCUUGUUACAUUUAAAAUGACGUUACGAAACAACAUUAAAUCAUCUAAUAUAAUCCCUAACUUGUCAUGAAAAUCAGUCGUCACUUGUGUCACAAUCCGACUAAUAUAAAGCAAUAUACCAUAUACCCUAUCAUGCCAACAUACAGUUAUACUGACAUAUGGGGC